CAGGUGUCGGUGAGUGUCAGACUGGAACCAUUUCAGUUUAAAUAUUCACUCGACAAACUCAAUAAAAUAAACAUUCAGGAUCAAUCCUCAGCCCUAAAGCAGCAAGGCAGACAACGAGCCAGUCGAGAUCUUCCAGUGGAUUGAUCUGGUGCGAAUCGAACAGACUUCUCUGUUCCUGGAUUUGGCUGAACCUGGACCGAUCUGGAGUAGCUUUGCCCACUUACAGUAAAAGGAACGAUUGUGUCACUCCUGCUCUGAUACCUCACAGGCGCUGAGGUAACCCUGCUCUGAGCUGGGAGCUGGUCUUGCUCAGCUGAUUUCUGCUCAGCUGAGAUCUGCUGACGGGGGAUGCUGAUGCUCCUCUGCGAUUGGCCAGCUUCUGAUUCUGUUUCACGUGGUUGGACUGAGGUUGGCCAGUUUGGUGGAUUGCGCUCUGGAGAGUAGCCAUCAGAGAUGAAGCUACAUAAGGAGAAGAAAUUAUAUUUUUAAGUUUCUUUUAGAGUAAAAGGAAUGUGUGUCACCUCCUCCUAUAUUCUCAUAUCUGUUUAAGGUUUAUAUCAAAUUUAGCAAGAAAAAAAUCAAACAAGUAGGAAAGGCUGCAUUUGCUUGGCUUGGAAAUAUAAUGUUUAAUGAGCUUUCUUAAGCUAUUAGAGAAUUUACGGUAAUUCUGUAACCAGCUCACCUGCUGCAUGAUGCCUGAAGGGAAGCGCCAGCAGGCAGGUUGUGUUUCUGUGGGCUCCACAUUGGCAUGUAAUCACCCUGAGGCCGCUUACGGGAGCUGGAGCUCACCUGUGGCGACAUCAUCAUGUACACCGCCUCCUCCUCUUCUUCUUCACGUGGCUCCCGGCCCUCUCUCCCAGCUGUAACACCGCUAUUUGGUGUGUUUGCACGGAAAGGAUGUGCAAUCUUCAUUUCCAUGUAGCCACUGGUCUCAGGUGUGGAUCUCGAAGCGGAUUCAGGUUCAGUUUUGACCCCUUUUUUGGUCUUAAGGCAGCUUUUUGGUUGAACUUCAGGGCUUCUGGGAGGAAGGACCCAGGAAGAACCAAACGGUCUCACAUUCACUGGUCUGUCUUGGUGUCUCGGUCUACGCUUUAAGGUCAGGUAGUGUUGGUUGUUCUUGGAGAUCGAGGACCGCAUGAACUCAGCCCGUAGCUCACUUACUGUCUCACGGAUGACUUCAUGAAUGCGCUGGGCCACUGCUGAGGUUCCUAUCCAGACCAAAUGAAAGCCAGAGGUCACAGUAAAAUUAAUGAGUAAAACCAUCAAAUAUUUCUUUUCUUACUUACCUCGGUCUUUAGUCUCCAUCCAGAUCUCUCCAGCACCGGUCGGUGCCGACCUCCCAAGCUCCAUGAAGAACAAGCCUUCCAAGUGGCCAAAGCGCCGAACAGUAAGCAGCGGUAUGGAAACCGAAGGCAAAUUGCUGCUGACGCCAACUCUAAUCAGGAUGAGGGCUGACGCAGUGAGACAGAGCCGGUUUUCACCCACCAGGGACUUGCAAACACCCAGACCCCGAGGCUUUAUGGUAACACGCCAAACCUUAUAUAUGGAGGUUAAAGGAGCAAGUAGAACAACACUCACCGUGAACCAGAGCAUUUGGAAGUAAAUCAGUUAAGAUAAAAUCUGCAGUUACAUUGUCGAAUUUUGAUGGAUACAUGAAAAAACACGUCUGCUGAUUACAACUCCAAUAUCACAGGAACACCAAGUUGUUAUGAAACUGUUGUAUCAUGACUAACCAAAGAAGUUUCAUUGAAAGAGAACCACAUAGUCAUAGUCAUUCAAGUCAUUGGUGUCAAAGUUAUGUCUGACCUCUUUGUAGAAAGCAGCAGGGGUAAGAGUGGAGUACCCGCCAUCCUCUGCACUAUACCCUUCUCCAUGUUCGUCGUCAUCCCUCCGAUCCUCCUCGAUCAGCUUCUUUAUAGCCUGGUACCAUUCCUCCUGCUCCCUCUGAUCCUCCAUCACCAGCACUAUAGUCUGAUCCUUGGUGUACAGCAUCACUGUGUGGCCUUUUCUGGAGCUGCGAACCCGGCUCAGGCCAUUACAGCACCUCAGGAAAACCAAGCUGUGAAGCAGGAAUUAAUUAAACACAAUUCACUCAUAAUCUCUAUACUAUACUGCGUUUGGUUAAAGUCAGAGAAACAUACCCCUCUAUGUCUGAGCCAAACAGUGCAGCUCUCCGAGAAGACUUCUCAGCAGCGGUGAACAUCUCCUCACUCUUGUACCACUCAAGUCGGCUCAGCCCACUGUGACUCCCUCUUCUCAGGACAAAAUAUCUCCUGUGGUCGCGCUCCAGCUUCCCAAGAUAACCCUGUUUGACCACAUCUCUCUGGGACUCAGGGGAGCUGCUCAGAAAGGUGCCUGCGAGAGGGACCGGAGUGUUGGACGUCUGGAUGGGACCGAAGAGGUCCUCAGGGAAAAGAGAUGAAGAACUCGUAGGUUGAGGGUUCUGGGAAGGGUGGUCCUGCCCUGCAGGGGGUAGCAGGGUGGAGCUGCAAACAGGGGGUGGCAGUGGGGAGCUGCAAUCAGAUGGAGGUGGCAGUGGGGAACUAGAGGCAGGUGGAGGCGGCAGGGUGCAGCUGCAAUCAGGGCAAACAGGUGGAGGUGGCAGUGGGGAGCUGCGGGCAGGUGGAGGUGGCAGUGGGGAGCUGCAAACAGGUGGAGGUGGCAGUGGGGAGCUGCAGGCAGGUGAAGGUGGCAGUGGGGAGAUGCAGGCAGGUGGAGAUGGCAGGGUGGAGCUGCAAUCAGGGCAAACAGGUGGAGGUGGCAGUGGGGAGCUGCGGGCAGGUGGAGGUGGCAGUGGGGAGCUGCAAACAGGUGGAGGUGGCAGUGGGGAGCUGCAGGCAGGUGGAGGUGGCAGUGGGGAGCUGCAGGCAGGUGGAGAUGGCAGGGUGGAGCUGCAAUCAGGGGGUGGCAGUGGGGAGCUGCAAACAGGUGGAGGUGGCAAUGGGGAGCUGCAGGUAGGUGGAGGUGGCAGUGGGGAGCUGCAGGCAGGUGGAGGUGGCAGUGGGGAGCUGCAAACAGGUGGAGGUGGCAGUGGAGAGCUGCAAUCAGGGGGUGGCAGUGUGGAGCUGCAAUCAGGGGGUGGCAGUGGGGAGCUGCAAACAGGUGGAGGUGGCAGUGUGGAGCUGCAAACAGGUGGAGGUGGCAGUGUGGAGCUGCAAUCAGGGGGUGGCAGUGGGGAGCUGCAAUCAGGGGGUGGCAGUGGGGAGCUGCAAACAGGUGGAGGUGGCAGUGUGGAGCUGCAAUCAGGGGGUGGCAGUGGGGAGCUGCAAUCAGGGGGUGGCAGUGGGGAGCUGCAAACAGGUGGAGGUGGCAGUGGGGAGCUGCCAACAGGUGGAGGUGGUAGUGGGGAGCUGCAGGCAGGUGGAGGUGCCUGUUGGUUUGCAACCCUGGUGUUCUCUUCUGACGUCUCAUCCAUUUUUUAGCUGAAAACCUAACACAAACACACACAUAAAAUGAAUAAUUAUCAAGAUUAUCUGAAUUCAUGAGGGUUUGUCACAGUUUAAUAUUAAUAUCUAGAGCUACAAAUUCCUAGUCUGUGAAUCCUGUUCAUCGACAAUGGCAAUAAAACCCGUUCUGAUUCUACUUCAUACUUACACAGGAAAUUGUUUCAUUACUCCCUUUUAUUUCUGUUGACAGCUUUGAAUUCUAUUAAGUUUGAUACAUGAAAUGUAAGUUGUUUAAAGAAAAAGGGAAAUUAAAGCGGGUUAAAUGUCGUAUUAACUAAACUUGAAUUAUGUAAAUUAGCUACGUAGCGGGAACAGCAGCCUUGCAGGAGAUGGGGGGAAAAACCUAAAAUGGCGUCUGAAACGAUCGCUUCAAGCUAAUUUGCUUCAAGUUUUUCUUACAGCCGUAUUACGUACAAUUACGUCGAAUUAAACUUACCUGAUACUAUCAGGUUUCAAAUAAAAGUCAGCAAACACGAACAGUUUCGCAGUUUUAUCGUUACAAGUUUCACUUUAGCCACAGUUCGUAAGCAAACGCUGGUGCGCCACGAGCCAAUCGGUGCAGCCUUCAGGAGCAGCUCGUCAAUCCCGGAUGUUGAUUAUUCUGACUUCUGAUUAAUGAAUCAAUGUGUUUUUUGUUUUGGUUUUAUUUAUUUUUAUUUUUUUAUUUUUUACUUUUUCGCUUUUUUUUUGUUUGCUUUUUAAUAAAAUGUUUUUGUUGUUUGGCAAAACUUUUUAGCAGCCAUCAAAUGUUUGUGCAAUUGACUUUCACAAUAAGAGUGGUUGUAUGAAAACAGUACCAACAUAUUGUCAACAUAUUUAGACUUUAAAAAGGAAAUAUAACACAUACACAUACACAUACACAAAUAUAUACAAAUUUUGCAGGGUAAGAAAUACCAUGAUACGAAAGUAAAUUCUGGGCCCAAGACACAAGAAGAAAAGUACAAAAACAGCAAGGCUGUGAUAACUACAACAAAGAAACACACUAUACUUUUUAAUACCUUUUUUAUCAUAUUUGAUACAUACUUUUAUAUACUUCUAUCAAAUCAAUAUGAUCAACAAAUUACUGAAAAAACAUUUGAAUACAGUCCGAUAAAUGAUAAAAAUGUGCUCUUGUAGUUUAUCAGUUUCCAAAAGCAUCUAUCAAGCAUGUAUCAAACGAGAUGAAUAAAUAUAUUUGCUAAAUUUUAAGGACAUUUUGAUUUUUAAGGAAAUUUGAAUUUUCUGGCCAUAAUUUGUGGUGUCAGGCAUUAAAGGGCUACUACACAAUUAUACAGUUAAUCGAAAAUAUAACAUCAGGUUGCCUAAAGGUCAAGUCCAGCUCAAGUUAAAUGAAUGAAUAAAACCAUGUUAUUCCAAAAAGUUCCCAUCCAUCUUCUCAGCAAACAGAGAAGGAAAGAAAUAACAGUUAAAAACAAAGUAACCUAAAACACAAAUGAGCCUCCAUCAUUGUAACAUGGUGUCAGUUGAAGUUAAAGGAAAUCAAGGGUUAUUCUUUCAAAUACAGGAAGUUGUGUCGCCAAUAAAUGUCAGUUGUUUUCUUAGGAAAUCUUUGCAAAAAAAGGAAGCACACUGUGGUUUGUACCUAUUUCAACACCAGCAACUUCUCACAGUGGCAGAGCAGAGUUAGUGUCAUGUAAUCUAGACUUCUUUGGAUGUCUGUCACCCUCCGUUUUUGUCCCAGGAUGUCUGUCCUCUCUCAGGUUUUGUGGACGGGCCUGUGCUGGGUUCCUUUGGUGGUCUGCGCAGGACUAGGAAUUGUGAUUGCAGUUUUGACGGCGAGGCUUUUGGUGCGACAUGCCUGGUACACAUACAGACUGUCCUGCUUCAGCAGGCCACCGACACACUCCUGGCUUUUGGGACAUCUCGGACAGGUAGGACACAAACAGAAACAAAACUUAAAUACAUUUAGAGUCUUAUUUAUCAGUUCUCCAGUCAUGCUAUUGGCUUUUCAGUAUGUGCUGCAGUGUUGCAACAAGUCAGGAUUACAAAAUAAUCCUCUUUGCUUGAAUUUCUUAUGAAAAACUGCCUGAGAAUUUGGAGAGUUAAUCAAAUCCAGCCAGUCAAAGUGACAUAUAUUGAUGCAUACCUCAGAUGCAGAGCACAGAGGAAGGCCUCCUGCAGGUGGACGAGCUGGUACAGACAUAUAAACACUCCUGCAGCUGGUUCAUCGGCCCUUUCUAUCACCUGGUCAGGCUCUUCCAUCCAGACUAUGUCAAACCUCUGCUCAUGGCAUCUGGUGGGGAAACAUAAAUUUGACAUUUUUGCAUAUAUAUACUAUCUGUAAAGCAGUUUUUCCUCUCAUCAGUUCUUUUCCUUCCAUCUAGCAAACAUCACAGUGAAGGAUGAGCUUAUUUAUGAUCAACUGCGUCCAUGGCUAGGUGGGUGAAAGAGCAUUUUUGCAUGUUUUUUUAAAAUCAAUUUUAAGAACUAUUUCAGUAAGUAAAUCACGAACUACACAAAAGAUGAAUUUUUGAUCAAUAAUUUCAGUUUUGCCUACUUCAACACCAAACCCUCUCUUUCCUACAUCCUAGGGCAGAGUCUGUUGAUAAGCAACGGUGAAGAGUGGCAUCGUAGGAGACGUCUGCUCACUCCAGCUUUUCAUUUCGAUAUUUUGAAGAACUACAUCAGAACAUUUAACACUUCAGCCAACACAAUGCAUGUAAGACACAUGCUUUUGCCAACAGACACACUUUAUUGUGUGAAAUCAGCAUUACACACUAUGUUGAAGUAACUGUAAUUACAAACCAUGCGAGCAAAUCUGGUGUUGACUUUUGCGGAUAACUUUUUUUUGCUCACCCCCAUUCAACCUUUCCGGUCAUUUCUGUCUUAAAAACUGCUGAAAUGUUUAUUUUAUUUAUUUAUUUUAUGGUUACUAUUAGGGCUGGGAUGAUCUGCUUUUGUCACGAUUCGAUUCUUCUACGAUUUUUUGGAUGUCAAUUCGAUUUAAAUUGUGAUUUGACAAUAUAGAUGUACAGUCUGCAUUUUUAACACCAGUGAAACAGUUGAAUGAUUAUGACUGUCUACUGACUAUAACAGGAACCAUAUUUCCCCAAAAAGUACAUAUCACAACAACAUAAAAAUCAAUUUAAAAAUUGUAAAACAAAAAAUCACGAUACUAAUGUGAAUCGAUUUUUCCUCCCACCCCUAGUUAUCAUCCACCAAAAAAUAGUAAAGUCAAAUAUUCGUUAACAUCUGUCGAUUUAAUACAAUACAAUUCAUAUUGUUUGUCUUUCAGGAUAAAUGGCAUCACCUAGUGGCAGAAGGCUGCACUAACAUGGAGAUGUUCAACCAUGUCACCCUAAUGACCCUGGACAGUUUAUUAAAGUGUGCCUUCAGUUACGACAGCAACUGUCAGCGGUGAGCCAACACUCUAUACUAUUUUAGUGAAUAUAUUCUUACGUUUAUGUAAACCAACAUUUCUGUCUGCAGGUCCACCAGUGAGUACGUAUCCGCCAUCGUGGAGCUGAGUGACCUCGUAAUAGAUCGCCGCCAAAACGUUUUACACCACUGGGAUUGGAUUUACUGGAAAACAAAGCAGGGAAAACGCUUCAAAAAGGCUUUGAACAUAGUGCACAGGUAAAUCACAACACAGAAUUAAGUUUUUUGAUUGUAAAAGCUUGACUCUGCCAAAGUCUGUGAUCAAAGCUGUCCUUAGCAACGGUCCAUUCUUCAUAGCAACAGUCUGUUAUUAAGGAAUAGCACACCUUUGACAUGAAAUGUGGAUAUGUAUCCAACACAGCCAUGUAAUAAAGAAGUAUAAUGGGCUUCUGUGGUAGCUAUGUUGUUUUAAAUCACAUGAUGUUUGCAGUUUUACCAGAGAUGUGGUCCAGAAACGCCGUGCUCUGAUUGACCAGCAGAGGGAAACACAAACACACUCAUCCCAACAGAGAAGGAAGGACUUUGUAGACAUCAUACUCAUGACAGAGGUUAAAAAAGGGGGAAAACUAUGAGGCAGAGAUUCUAAAGUGUGAAAAUGUAAAAUAAUACUAAUAAUAAUAUGAUAUGCGUUUGUUAUAGGAUGAGGACGGACAGGGGCUAACAGAUGAGGAGAUACAGGCCGAGGCUAACACCUUCAUGUUUGCAGGUGGGAAGAGUUUAGCAUUCCUUGAUAGCAAAAAAAUACUGUCAGAAAAUAAGCAGAAUGUAAAAAAGUGUAAUUUAUCACAAAAUUAGCUAGUAUCUGGUAACAUUUGCAUGAUGAAUGAAGAUAAAGCAUGUUUAACUUUGAUCAAACUCAACAUUUUCAGCAAAAAUAUAUUAUUUCUUACCUUAUACUGUCUAUACUACUGUUCUACUAAGGUUUGGAUAAAUAAGAGUUAUGCAAGCCUCAUGCUGUUGUUUCCAGGCCAUGACACUACAGCCAGUGCAAUCUGUUGGACGUUGUAUAAUCUUGCACGCCAUGAGCAUUACCAGGAGAAGUGCAGACAGGAGGUGAUGGAGCUGAUGCAAGGACGAGAAGAAGAAGAAAUAGAGUGGUCAGGAAACACACAUAUGUACAAAAUCACUGCAGAUUUAACAGUCAGUUUUCUUCCAUCUCUCUCUUUUCCUGAAAAAAAGGGAUCUCAGUCCCUUUAGUAUAGCGUGCAAUUGAGAUUUGAAAUGAGGAGUAUUUAAGCGUGAAUGUGCAUGUGUUUGAUUUUGUUCAGGGAGGAUCUGUCCAAUCUUCCCUUCACCACCAUGUGCAUCAGAGAGUCUCUCCGGCUGCACUCUCCUGUGCAGGCUGUGACCAGGAAAUACACGCAGGACAUGAUGCUGCCAGAGGAUUGCAUUGUACCAAAGGGUGAGACACUGUUUUAACAUUGUUUUACAUUUUUUGUCUCUGCUCCUGUAUUUUUUUUUAAUAUAUUUUAAGUCUGCAAAUCAAUAGGAGACUUUCUUAUUAGUGUUAAACUGUUCUCAAAAUGUUGUUUUCUGUCUUCGUAAGGUGCCAUAUGUUUAGUUAGCAUUUAUGGGACACACCACAACCCUGCUGUAUGGACGAACCCACAUGUAAGAUGCUUAAAAAUUUAGUUUUUUUUUUUCACUUUGGUUUAACUUUGAUUCACCAGAUUUGCUCUCUUUUAGGAGUUUGAUCCUUUCCGAUUUGACCCCACAAACACAGAAAAGCGAGCCUCCCAUGCCUUCAUCCCUUUCUCCUCAGGCCCCAGGUGAUGCACCCUCACUCCUCUCUAACAUCUAUAGCAAAUAAAACCUGACAGAAACUUUAACAAGCACCAUUAAAGACAUGAAUCUGUGUCUGUGUGUCAACAGGAACUGCAUCGGUCAGAAAUUUGCCCUGGCAGAGCUGCGAGUCGUCAUAGCAUUGACUCUGCUCAGAUUUCGUCUGGCUGUAGGAGUGAAUCCUGAACUGGAGACCAGCGCUGGAGGAGUCCGUCGACUCCCUCAGCUUGUCCUGCGAGCGGUGGGAGGUCUGUGGCUGCAGGUUGAGCCUCUGGACGUAAACAAAGAGGAGUAAUGACAGGAUGUAUAAGCCAGUACAAAGAUGGAAACUUUGCUUUCUGACACAAUUUGUCAACAAAACUAUGCUUAAAAUUGUCCAAAUAAUGCAUAAUCUUUUUAUCAUUUCAAAAAAAAAUAAUAAAAUUUAAUUUAUACUGCUGUUUUAA